AUGCCUACAAAACCGAAGUUUAGUUUGUGCUGUUCCGAAGGAAGAGUUGAACUCCCUCUAUUGAAAGAACCUCCACCCUUUCUUGGAAGCUUACUCAAUAUUAAUAGUGAUCAGAGAUCAAUAAACUUUCAACUAGGGAUAAGAAUCUACAACUCUCUCUUUGCUUUCACUUCUUUGGGGGAUAAUGUUGAUAGAUUAGUGAAUAAUGGUUCUAGUCCAUAUGUGUUUUGUGUAAAUGGUCAAACUCAUCAUAGAAUUGGAUCACUCCUUCCUAUCCAUGGCCAGAAACCUAAGUAUGCACAGCUUUAUAUUUAUGAAACUGAUAAUGAAGUUAAAAAUAGAAUUGAUGCAAUUAUACAUGAAGAUGAUAAAAAUAAUGUGGAUCCAGAUAUUGUUACCAGUCGCAAUUCUGGUGAAAGGCAAUAUGACUUACCUGUAACAUUUGAGAUAGUUGCUCUUAUUGUUGGAGAUUUUAAUAUUGAAAGUUCUGAUAGAGAUAUUAUUGUUAAGAAUCAAAGUUUAGGAUUGCAACGUAUAAAUGGGACUCAUCCAAGUUUUAUGGCAUUGCAAUAUCCAUUACUUUUUCCUUAUGGUAAGGAUAGGUAUAUGCUUGGUAUACCUUAUAGGAAUUUGAAUGGGAGCAAUUCUAGAAAAAGGGAAUCAAUAACGAUGAGGGAAUACUAUGCUUAUAGGCUUCAACAAUGCUUUCGUGACGGUAAGACACUGUUGCUUGGUAGAAGGCUUUUUCAACAAUUUAUAGUGGAUGCAUACACUUUUAUCGAAGAAGAAAGACUACAAUGGGUUAGAUUCAAUCAAAAGAAAUUGAGGCUAGAGUUGUACUAUGGUUUGAAAGAUGUUGUUCUUCGUGGUAAUACAGAUCUCAUUACUGUAGGCAAACGAAUAGUCCUACCAUCCUCAUUUACUAGAAGUCCAAGGUACAUGGUUCAAAAUUAUCAAGAUGCAAUGGCGAUAUGUAAAUGGGCAGGUUACCCAAAUUUAUUUCUUACAUUUACUUGCAAUCCAAAAUGGCCAGAAAUCAAUCAUUCUUUGGAAUUUAUAGAAGGCCUAAAAUAUGAGGAUCGGCCAAAUAUUGUAGCAAGGAUUUUUAAGAUAAAAUUGGAUGAACUAUUACAUGAUUUGAGGCAUAAAUCUCAUUUUGGAAGAGUUAUUGCAAUUAUGUAUACAAUUGAAUUCCAAAAAAGAGGACUCCCACAUGCACAUAUUCUUCUAUUCUUGGAUCCAAAGGAUAAGUGUCCAAGUCCAAUAGACAUUGAUGGUAUCAUUAUGGUUGAGAUACCAGAUCCAGAUAAGGAUCCUGUUGCUAAUGAAGAUGUAAAACAAUUUAUGAUGCAUGGGCCAUGUGGAUCUGCAAAACCAAAAUCAUCGUGCAUGAUAAAUGGUAAAUGUACAAAAUAUUUUCCAAAAACAUUUUAUGAAGAAACAAUAAUUGAUGAAGAAGACUUCCUAGUAUAUAUAAGGAGACAUGAUAGAAAAACAAUAGAGAAGAACGAAAUUCUUUUGGAUAACCGAUACGUUGUACCUUAUAAUGUAGAUCUUUUGGUGAAGUACCAAUCCCAUUUGAAUGUAGAAUGGUGUAACAAAUCUCAAUUGAUCAAAUAUUUGUUUAAAUAUAUAAACAAGGGAUCAGAUAGAGCAACAGUUGUUGUAGAAGAGAAUUUGCCAAAUAUUGGGAGUGAUGGACAAGAGACCAACAUUGUUGUUGAUGAGACAAAAGCAUACUUGGAUUGUAGAUAUAUUUCAGCUUUUGAAGCAUGUUGGAGAAUAUUUGAAUUUCCAAUUCAGUUUCGAUAUCCACCUGUUGAAAGAUUAAAUUUUCAUUUGGAAGACGAACAUCCCAUCAUUUAUCUAGAAAAUACAAACUUGGAUAAUGUUUUAAAUAUAGCUAUUGAAGAAACAAAGUUUAUAGAAUGGAUGAAAACAAAUGAGGCUUUUGAAGAUGCUCGAGAGUUAACUUAUGCUAAAUUUCCUACAAAAUGGGUAUGGCAUAGUAAUGACAAGCAAUGGCAAAGGCGUAUCCUCCAAUUCCAAGAACUAAUCUUAUCAAAUGACCAAUUGAGAAAUUGUGGAUUGUAUGAAAUUGAACAAAUCCUCCAACAAUAUGGAAGAUCACUUAGAGAUUAUCCACAAAUGCCCCAGCCAGAUAUGGAUCCUAUUCAGAAUGAGAAUAGACUUAUUCAAGAAGAAAUGUCGUAUGAUGUAUCAAGUAAAACGUAUCUUUAUAGAACCAUCCUAUCUGGUAUAAGAUCAAAAGGCAAAAUUUCUCUUGCUGUUACGUCUUCAGGAAUUGCUAUUUUGUUUCUUCCUGGUGGAAGGACUGCUCACUCAAGAUUUCAUAUCCCAAUUAAUGUAAAUGAUGACUCUACUUGUGACAUAAAGCAAAGAACACAAGUAGCGGAACUACUCUCAAAAACAAGUAUUAUACUUUGGGAUGAAGCACCGAUGGCACAUGGGAAUUUUUUUGAAGCUAUUGACUGCACGUUACGAGAUAUACUACAAAUUGAAGAUCCUCAAAAUGCUGAAAAACCUUUUGUUGGUAAAGUUGUAGUUCUAGGUGGUGAUUUUCGACAAAUACUUCCAGUUAAUCCAAUGCAAGAUAUUAUUGACAACACAUAUCCAGGUUUGGAAAAUAAAUACACAGAUCCAAGUUACCUACAGGAUAAGGCAAUUCUCGCCCCUACAAAUGAAGUUGUAGAAGAACUAAAUGACUACAUUGUGUCAUCCUUAAAUGGAGAAGUUCAUGAAUAUCUAAGUUCAGAUUCUAUAUGCAAGGCUUCUUCAAAUGUUCUUGACCAAGAUAUCUUGUAUACUGUUGAAUUUUUGAACACGUUAAGAUUUCCAGGAUUGCCAAACCAUGAACUAACAUAA